AUGUCUUCAACUCCUAUCGCAACCCGCUACUACAACCUCGUUAAUGAUGGCGUCGGUAUCACGAUCUUCCCUAAAAUCCUAACUCCUGGUGGAGACAAACUCUGGGAUGGCAGAAACCAUGAUGGGUAUACUGUUAAUGUCGGAGAAUCGCGGUCAGUUGACCUUACGGUUUUUGGUAUAGAUAUUGGCACCCUGUUUGUCCUAUCUGAAAGCACACGUUUUGGUGAAGACGAGACGGAAUCAAGCCAAGUCUUCUCUUUCGACCCAACUUGUACUGUUACUGCUAAUGAAGUCCGUGGUGGGAGUGCGUGUAACGGAAGCCUGGAGUACAGACAUUAG